AUGAAAUGUAGCCCUUUCUUCAAUGUGCACGAGUAUCCAGGAAACACCAUGGCAGCUGAUAAGAUUAGCCCCACUAAAGCAAUAGAUACAUUCCUAUCGUUUAUUCGAGUGACUAUAGAGCAAAUAUGGUAUCAUUUAGAGGUGUACCCUCAUGAAUCAUUUUCAGAAUACAUGUUUUAUCAGUUACAGGUAUAUUCAUCUCGGCAUCCAGCAGUAAUUGGAUACACAGAUGAACUUAUGAGUAACUUGAGAAAGAUGGCCAAUGAGGGAAUACUUUUGAAGCUGUACAUUGAAGUUUAUGAAGCUGAUAGCAAAAAAUACUCUGUUGGAUUUAGUUUCAGAAACUCUUUACUAUUUGAACAAUUGAAGAAUGAUACACAGUUCUUAGAGUACGGAGAGUCACAAUUCUCAUUCGAUUCGUUCCUGUUAAUAAAUAACUUGAAAAGCUUUCUAUUUUCGGUUAUUCAGGAGCUUAAUUUAAUAGAGAAACAACCAUUAAAAGAAGCUGGCAACUUCAAGAUUUUAGUUUCUACAACCGACGAUGUUGAGAUGAGUAAAGAUGAUAAAUGGAUUCUAGAAAGAACAUACGACGAAGAUAACAGGGAAAAUUCUCUGGCAUUCAAAGACGUCAAAAUCAAAUCUUUUAAAGAGGUUAAAUUGCGAUAUUUAAAUAUCGAAGGCUAUAUCGCCGGUUAUUGA